GAGCUGCCGCGGCCGUCUCGGGAGAGACCAUCUUUUAAAAUUUUUUUUUAAUGAAAUCCGGAGGCCUUUGCUGAAAUUUCCGGGUAUCCGACCCGGCCGCGGUGUGUCGGGUUUGUCAGUGAGAGGGACCGUGCCGGGUUCGUAACUGUGCACUGUGUCUGUGGAUGUGCACGGAGCCCGAAGUUGCAGCAGGAGCGAGCGGUGCGAAAGUUCCCCGCUAAGACCUGCCCGCCCCGUCUGAAAAGCGGCUCAGAGCGGCGGUGGUACCAGCGCUGAGCAGGCCUGUGGGCAGGCUGAAACCCCGGGACUGCGUUUUAGUAAACUACAAAUUCCUUUUCUGAGGAUGCAAUCAGUGUCUGGAAUGGAGCAUACAAUCUUUCCAUUCUUGAGGUCACUCCUAGAUGUGACUGUCUCUGGCUUUUGAGGAAAGAUCGGAAUUAUCGGUGGAACUGGCCUGGAUGAUCCGGAUAUCUUAGAAGGAAGAACAGAAAAAUAUGUUGACACUCCUUAUGGCAAGCCAUCAGAUGCUUUGAUUUUGGGAAAGAUCAAAAAUGUGGACUGUGUGCUCUUAGCAAGGUAAACUGAAUUUCUGCUGUGACUUCAUCUUGCUCUGUGUGGUUGCUAACAAAGUCAAGCAGAAGUCUCUCUUGUUUCCUGAGCAAAUUUGAUGCUGCAGGGACAGAGAAUAUUAAAAAUACUGUCUAGGUUGGGAAAGAGAAAUCCAGUGGGAGGUACUGCCCUAGUGAGAAUGGCAGCCUGCAAGGCCACCUGUUCUGGUGGUAGACAUGGAAGGCAUCAUACAGUUAUGCCAUCGAACGUCAACUACCGUGCCAAUAUCUGGGCGUUGAAAGAAGAAAAUUGUUCCCACGUAUUAGUGACUACUGCCUGUGGUUCCUUACGAGAGGAAAUACAACCUGGUGAUCUUGUCAUAAUUGACCAGUUCAUUGACAGGACAACUAAAAGACAUUGUACUUUAUAUGAUGGGCAACAUUCCAGUCUUCCAGGAGUAUGUCAUAUUCCAAUGGCAGAGCCAUUCUGCACCAAAACCAGAGAGGUUCUUAUUGAGACUGCCAAGAAGCUGGGGCUCCAGUGUCAUUCCAAGGGGACAGUGGUCACAAUUGAAGGCCCACGUUUCAGUUCUCGAGCAGAAAGCUGUAUGUUUCGCAGCUGGGGAGCUGAUGUUAUCAACAUGACCACAGUGCCUGAAGUGAUUCUUGCGAAGGAAGCUGGAAUGAGUUAUGCUAGUAUUGCCAUGGCAACAGAUUAUGACUGCUGGAAGGAACAUGAAGAAGCAGUUUCAGUGGAUAAAGUUUUAAAGACGCUGAAAGGAAAUGCAAAUAAAGCUACUAGCAUACUCCUUACUGCUAUACCUCAGAUAGGUUCGAUGGAAUGGACCAACACCCUGCACACCCUGAAAACAACAGUGCAGUGUUCGGUCAUCCUGCCAAAGCAGUAACAACCUGGAUGAAUCUUGGAGUGCUUACAAGGAAGAGUGGAUCACUUGUGAACUUCCAGAGGUUAUAUUAUCUCCAAAAAUUGUUACAGGCAUAAAAGAAUGGACUAAAUGUUAACCAGUGAUAAUAUGUAAGGCCGCUGUUAAAAUCUUUAUCAGUUUGAUAAUGUAUAAGAUGGCUAAAAUUAGCUAUUGAGUAUGUUUUCAACUAGAAAUAGCUUUACUGUCAAGCUGGAUCGGACGGUGGUUGAAGAAAAAAGUCAGUAUGCUCUAUUCAGUAGUACCUUUUAAUUGAUGGUAGAAAUUAAAGUCUAGGUAAUACUCUUGUUGCAGUUUCAUAAAAUAAGGUAAGAAAAUAAAGCAGAUUCACAGAUAGGCUGUUUGUGUUGCUGUUUCUACCUCCAUCUUUUCCUUAAAUACGGCAAGUGAUUAUAAUUCACUUCUGAAACAUAGCAGAAAAACUGAGCAAACCAUAUCAAAUAAAAAUUAUGCUAUUUUUAUACAUUAUCCUUAUUUUUAAUUCUGUUUAUUUCUUUUUAAAGCAGUGUAUUUAUUUGUGUGCUAGAAGACAUGAUUUAAUAAUUGUGGUGGUUCUGUCACAGCAGCAGUUGUGUAAUUAAUUAAUGUUCUCGUUGAAAAAAUUGAGGUAAUACCUAAGCCAGAUUUGUGCCUAAAGAUGUACUUAUGUGACUUACAGAAGUGUACCUAGAAGUACUUUGGUGCCAGUGUCCCACUAUGCUGGCCAUUUUCUGCUUCACUGAACAACUCCAAAUUUAGUUUCUGUAUUAAGUGAUUAAUGUGCUCCAGUGCUUUGAAUGUAUGCAUUUCAAUUUUUUGAAAUAUAAUUUUACUUUAAUAAAAUAACCUGCUGCUUCUUGUCUAGUAAAUAAAUUAAAUGCUUCUCCAA